AUGGAACGGCUUCCGGGAUUCAAUGUAGCCAACGUGCUUGAGAAGCGCCGCCUGCUUAUUGCGAUCAACUGUAUUGCGGCCCUCUCCAUCUUCUUUUUCGGAUAUGAUCAAGGAAUGAUGGGUGGUGUGAAUAACGCCAAAGAUUACAUCGACUUGAUGGGUUUCGGCUAUGUUGACCCCGUCACGGAAGAGCCCAUUGUGACCAACAGUCUGCUGCAGGGAGGCAUUGUAUCUGUGUAUUACCUUGGGACACUAUUUGGCUGCCUGCUGGGUGGCUGGAUUGGUGACAAGGUUGGCAGAAUCAAAACAAUUGCGGUCGCACGAGCUGUGAAUGGCAUCGGAACUGGCAUUCUGAAUGCCAUCGUUCCUGUUUGGGCUACCGAAACGGCGGAGCACACUUCGCGUGGACAGUUCAUCGCCAUUGAGUUCACCCUCAACAUCUUUGGUGUCGUGGUAGCGUAUUGGCUAGAAUUCGGACUGUCCUUCAUUGAUAAUGGCAAUUCAGCUAUCCGAUGGCGGUUCCCUAUCGCUUUCCAGAUCAUACCUCUGCUAGUCUUACUUGGAGCCGUCUGGUUCUUCCCUGAGUCACCCAGAUGGCUAGUCAAAGUGGGCCGGGACGAAGAGGCACGAUAUAUACUUCAUCGCCUCCGGGGAACGACCGGAGACGAUGCUAAGCGAGCGGAUUUAGAGUAUCACGAUAUUCGCAACAUCGUACAGCUUGAGUCGAGGGAGUCGAAGCAGAAUUCGUACUAUCACAUGUUCUUCGGGAUAGGUUCUGGAGAGCUACACACUGGCAGGCGUGUUCAACUCGUGAUCUGGCUCCAGAUCAUACAAGAGUGGGUUGGGAUCGCUGGCGUCACAAUUUACGCCCCAACCAUCUUUCGUAUCGCUGGUUUUGACACCAUCAAGAGCCAGUGGAUUAGCGGUCUGAAUAACAUUUUCUACAUGUUCGCCACUCUGAUCUGUGUCUUCACAUUGGACCGCAUCGGGCGACGGUGGACGCUCUAUUGGGGCGCGGUUGGACAGGGCAUUGCAAUGUUUUUGGCUGGCGCGUUCUCUCGACUGGGCCAGAAUGCGACGAGGGAUGGGAACCUCUCGCAGGCGAACUCAUACGGGGCUGCUGCAGCAUCGUUCGUCUUCAUAUUCACAUCAGUCUUUGGAGCUACCUGGCUUACAGUUCCUUGGUUGUACCCCGCCGAGAUCUUCCCUCUUCAAGUUCGAGCUAAAGGAAACGCUUGGGGUGUCUUUGGGUGGAGUAUCGGAAAUGGAUGGCUGACCUUGCUAUGCCCGGUGAUGUUCAACGCCAUCGGCGAGAACACACUGCACAUCUUUGGCGCGUGCAACUUCCUUGCCAUUCCUGUUGUAUGGGCUUUAUACCCAGAGAGCAAUCAGAGAACUCUAGAAGAGAUGGACUUGUUAUUUGCAGCCCAUACACCAUGGGUUUGGGAUGCCGAGAAAACCUUCGCCCGGCUCAAAGCUGAGCAGCCCGACUUGAUCGCAGCUGCUAAGAAAGGGGAGAGGGUUUUGGACUCAGAGGCAGGAAUAUUGGCACACCACGAGAAUGCCGAGAGUCCUACGCACGAGGAAACAUUUGGGAAAUCAUCGCAAUAG